CAGCCUCUCCACAGCGGCAGGUCUCUUUACGUCACCACCAGUCUGGCAAGGACGGCAAUCGGCGGGAGUUUUUCAAAAUGGGAGCGCAGAGGCGCCGCCCAGGUCUCGGAAGGUGCCCGGGAGGCCAUUCGGUAGCCGUGCAGCCGUCGCCAGGAGCGGCGGCCUAGAGAGCCAAGUCUGAUGGGCGCCAAGACCGGCUGGCUGCUUGGAGCGCUGCCUAGAAGGGACUGCGUGAAGGAAGCUAAUCUGGGGAGCACAGGCCUGAGCCUGGAAAUAUGGCGACCUGCAUCGGGGAGAAGAUCGAGGAUUUUAAAGUUGGCAGUCUGCUUGGUAAAGGAUCAUUUGCUGGUGUUUACAGAGCUGAGUCCGUUCACACUGGUUUGGAAGUUGCAAUCAAAAUGAUAGAUAAAAAAGCCAUGUACAAAGCUGGAAUGGUACAGAGAGUCCAAAAUGAGGUGAAAAUACAUUGCCAAUUGAAACAUCCUUCUAUCUUAGAGUUGUAUAACUAUUUUGAAGAUAACAAUUAUGUAUAUCUAGUAUUAGAAAUGUGCCAUAAUGGAGAAAUGAACAGGUAUCUAAAGAACAGAAUGAAACCGUUCUCAGAAAAUGAAGCUCGACACUUCAUGCACCAGAUCAUCACAGGAAUGUUGUAUCUCCAUUCUCAUGGUAUAUUACACCGGGACCUCACACUUUCUAACCUCUUACUUACACGUAAUAUGAACAUCAAGAUUGCUGAUUUUGGGCUGGCAACUCAAUUGAAAAUGCCACAUGAAAAGCACUAUACAUUAUGUGGAACUCCUAAUUACAUUUCACCAGAAAUUGCAACUCGAAGUGCACAUGGACUUGAAUCUGAUGUUUGGUCCUUGGGCUGUAUGUUUUAUACGUUGCUUAUUGGGAGACCACCAUUUGACACUGACACAGUCAAGAACACAUUAAAUAAAGUAGUAUUGGCAGAUUAUGAAAUGCCAACUUUUUUGACAAGAGAGGCCAAGGACCUUAUUCACCAGUUACUUCGUAGAAAUCCAGCAGAUCGUUUAAGUUUGUCUUCAGUAUUAGACCAUCCUUUUAUGUCCCGAAAUUCUUCAACAAAAAGUAAAGAUUUAGGAACUGUAGAAGACUCCAUUGACAGUGGACAUGCCACAAUUUCUACUGCAAUUACAGCUUCUUCCAGUACCAGUAUAAGUGGUAGUUUAUUUGACAGAAGACGACUUUUGAUUGGUCAGCCACUCCCAAAUAAAAUGACUAUUUUUCCAAAGAAUAAAAAUACAAGCGAUUUUUCUUCUUCAGGAGAUGGAAGCAGUUUUUAUACUCAGUGGGGAAACCAAGAACAAGAAACCAGUAAUAGUGGAAGGGGAAGAGUAAUCCAGGAUGCAGAAGAAAGGCCACACUCUCGAUACCUUCGCAGAGCCCAUUCCUCUGAUAGAUCUGGCACUUUUAAUAGUCAGUCUCGAGCAAAAACAAAUACAAUGGAACGAUGUCACUCAGUUGAAAUGCUGUCAAAAUCCAAAAGAUCAGGAGUAGACGAAGAAAGAUACUCACCUACAAACAGCAAUGUCAAUGUUUUUCACUUCUUUAAGGAAAAGACAUGCAAUAGUUCUGGAUCUUUUGAAAGACCUGAUAAUGAUCAAGCACUCUCCAAUCAUCUUGGUCCAGGAAAAACUCCUUUUCCAUUUCCAGACCAGAAAUCACAGACUGAAAUGGUGCAACAGUGGUUUGGGAAUCUGCAAAUAAAGGCUCAUUUAAGAGAAACUGCCGAGCACAACAGCAUUAGCCCAAACAGAGAUUUCCAGGGCCAUCCAGAUUUGCAGGACAGAUCAAGAAAUGCUUGCACUGAUACACGAGCCAAAAAGAGCCCCGAUGCUUCUGAUAAUGUGCAUUCUACAAAACAGCUGAAUACCAUGAAAUAUAUGACUGCAUUUCAAAGUAAACCUGAGAUAAUUCAACAAGAAUCUAUUUUUGACUCAGAUCCUCUUUCUGAACAAAGCAAGACUAGGGGUAUGGAGCCACCAUUGGGUUAUCAGAAACGUACAUUACGAAGCAUUACAUCUCCUUUGACUGCUUACAGGUUAAAACCAAUUAGACAGAAAACGAAAAAGGCUGUGGUUAGUAUACUUGAUUCAGAGGAGGUAUGUGUGGAGCUUCUAAAGGAACAUACAUCUCAAGAAUAUGUGAAAGAAGUUCUUCAAAUAUCUAGUGACGGAAACAUGAUCACUAUUUAUUAUCCAAAUGAUGGAAGAGGUUUUCCUCUUGCUGAUAGACCACCGUCCCCUACUGACAACAUCAGUAGGUAUAGCUUUGACAAUUUACCAGAGAAGUACUGGCGAAAAUAUCAGUAUGCUUCCAGAUUUGUACACCUUGUAAGAUCUAAGUCACCCAAAAUCACUUAUUUUACAAAAUAUGCUAAAUGCAUUUUGAUGGAGAAUUCCCCUGGUGCUGAUUUUGAGGUCUGGUUUUAUGAUGGAGCAAAGAUACACAAAACCGAAGAUUUAACUCAGGUGAUUGAAAAGACAGGGAAAUCUUAUACGUUAAAAGGUGAAAGUGAAAUUAAUAGCUUGAAAAGGGAAAUAAAAAUGUAUAUGGACCAUGCAAAUGAGGGCCAUCAUAUUUGCUUAGCACUGGAAUCAAUAAUUUCAGAAGAGGAAAAGAAAAGUGGAAGUGCUCCAUUUUUCCCAAUAAUCAUAGGAAGAAAACCUGGUAUUACUAGUUCACCUAAGACCUUAUCACCUCUUCCUUCUGUGGAUCCAAACUACUUGAUGAGGGAGAAAGCAUCUUUGAGUAAAAUGGGCAUAAAUAGUGCUGCUUCUUCAAAACAGGCACCAAUAUUUAAUCCUUCUAUGGUUACAAAUGAAGGACAUGGCCUUACAGCUGCAGCUUCUGGAACAAACAUCCCUUCUAGUAGUCUAAAAGAUUGUCUUCCUAAAUCAGCACAACUUUUGAAAUCUGUUUUUGUGAAAAACGUUGGUUGGGCUACACAGUUAACUAGUGGAGCUGUGUGGGUUCAGUUCAAUGAUGGGUCCCAGUUGGUUGUGCAAGCAGGAGUGUCUUCCAUCAGUUACACAUCACCAAAUGGUCAAACAACUAGGUAUGGAGAAAAUGAAAAACUACCAGAAUACAUCAAACAGAAAUUGCAGUGUCUUUCUUCCAUCCUUUUGAUGUUUUCUAAUCCAAAUCCUAAUUUUGAAUGAUUAAAGCUCGUUUUAGAUAUUUUAAGUCUAAUAAAUAACUUUGUUGGCUUUCAAGUAAAGUGACUUUUUUUAUUUAAUAUAAAUAAAGCCUUUCAGAAAGCCUUUCUGUAAAAGACAAUUUUAAUCUGUACCAUAAUGGAUAUAACCUAAUGAAAAAACAAAGCAGAAUAAAACUUAUAAAUAUGAACUGGUUAUAGAUUAAAAUAGUAUGCCUGACUUUGCUUUUAGAACAAAUGCCCCCAAACUUUGUGUUCAUAUGUUUGUAUUGAACAGUCUUUUAAAAACAAAAAUAUGAAUGGUGUGUGGUAUAUUUAUGCUUUUUUUUAUUGUUUUCCCUACUUCUCAGACAUGUUGAGAAUCAUGGAAAAAACAUGCUGGAGUUUUUGAAUAUUUGAACAUGUAAAUGUGUAUUUAUGUUAUAAGUAACAUAUGUAAACAUGUAUAUUUGUUUUAUAUUUAUUUUUGUAGCACCAGUUUCUAAUGAAACAUUUGUGAAAAUGCAUUUUAUAAAAAAAUAAUAAAUACAGUAAUAAAUUGCUUUAUCUUUUGAUUCAUUUAAUUAAAAACAUUUUAAAGUAAAUUACUAGUAAAUUCAUUUAAAAAUUUUGUUGCCUGUUUAGGAACCAGUUAAAUUUUUAGAAUUAAUUUUGCAAAUAAUAAAUACAUUGUUUCUCUAACUUUAUCUAAAAAUAUCUGUAUAUUUUAAUGACAAACAUUUUAACAACGUAGAACUUAAUGCAAUGAUUAAGAUGAAGAAAAAGAAUGGUAGUGGAAUAGCCAUUCAUAAUGAAAUACUCAAGGUAAAAUAGGACUGGAAUAAACUUAUGUAA